AUGGCUGACCGAGAAUCUCUUCCACAAAGAUACAUUCGUUAUCUUAGGGUAUGGAUAGGUUUUGUAGCUGUCAUGGCCUUAGGAAAUACAGUUCAAUGUUUCGUUGACCCCCAACUUCUAAAAUCAAAACUUUACACUGUAAAUCCUGAGGCAAACGUCAAUGGAUUGGUAGCAAAUUUAUUUGGAAUAUGGACUUUAUUAUCAGCAGCUUUAAGAUUUUAUUGUGCAAUAGAUAUUUUUAAUAUAGCAUUAUAUCAUUUAACAUAUUUUUCAUUUUACUUGGCUUUAGGCCAUUUUGUAUCUGAGGUUUUAGUAUAUAAAACAGCAACUUUCAGUGUUGGAGUUAUGGCACCUUUAAUAGUUUCUAGUUUAUCAAUAGUAACAAUGUCUAUAGGAUAUGGCUACUUAACAAAGGCUCAACAGAAUGUUGAAGAUAUAACUGAUGAGACCAGACAACUUGCUAGUCAAUUUAGAAGUGGGAAAUAUAAAGUUCGAAAAGAGUAAAUAAUUAUUAUGUACUCAUCAGGUGACUGUUAUUCCAAUGUGUAUCUUUUGUUUUUUAAUAUGUUAUAAUUUUUUAAUAAAGUUUGAUUAUUUAAAACAAGUUAUUAGCCAAUACUCGAAUAUCUGUGCCUUAGUUUUCUUUGAAAACAAUUUCUUUGUUACUAUAAACAUUACCAUAAAAUUAUUAUGAUGAUUUUGUUUUUUUUAUAAGUUUUGAAUUGCACAAGUGCACACUUUUCAAUACUAAAAAGGUUUGCAGUCCUUGCCAAACUUGCCUAUGUAUGCAUUAUAAAGAGCCACACAUUUUUUUAAAUUUUUUAUCAAAGUUUCCCUUAUUUAUAUUGGUUUCAUAUGAUAAAUUUUGAUGGAAUUUCUUGCAUUCAAAAUGUAAAACUUUGUGUAUUACAUUAAAUGUAUUUAUCCCACA